GCUGCGCCCACUCACGGCCCCCGAGGCAGACCCACACACAGCCUUGGAGGUUCACGAUGAGCUCCCGCACUUUUGCUUGGCGCCUGGGUGUCGUCCUCUUCGUGCUGGCGAUCUUCUGCAUCCUGGCAAACACUCUGCUGUAUUUCCCCAACUGGAAGGCCGACUACGCCACAGAUAAGGACCAGCUCAGCAAAUAUGUGUGGUACUUCGCGGGGAUCUCGGGCGGUGGCCUGGUGAUAUUUCUUCCAGCUGCAGUGUUCAUGAGCCUGGACGACUGCAGAGGUCGCGGCAGUCGCCGUAGCUGUGGAACAAGCUGUGCGCUAUUCGGUUCUGUGACGGCUGCCUUGAUUGGUCUGGUGGGCUCUGGGUACUGCUUCGUCAUCUCGGCCAUGGCACUGAUGGAGGGGCCCCUGUGCUGGACCGGCACGAAAUGGACGUACCCGUUUGAGAACCAGGCCGGGCAGUACCUGAUGAACCACACCUUGUGGGAGAUGUGCAAGGAGCCGGAAGGUGUGGUGGAGUGGAAUGUGUCUCUCUUCUCCAUCCUCCUGGCUCUCAGUGGCGUAGAGGCGCUCAUCUGUGCUGUACAGGCCAUCGCCGGCCUGUUGGGGGGGCUGUGCAGGGGCUGGUGUCAUCGGAGCCACUACACACUGAAUGCCUGAGGCCCCGCCCACAAUCCUACUACUGCUAGAACUGACCCAGAGCUGGAAUGGCCUACAGGGGGUGCAAUUCCUCUGCUACCCUGAGCAGAAAACAGAUCCCUUCACUAAAAGUUCUGAAGGUCAUCCCUCCAUCCUUUCAUGAACCACCUGACAGUAUUCUUGUUUUAUGCAUUUAUUAUAUUUAUGUAAAACUAAACUGAAGUUCUGUCAUUUUUGAAAAGGAAUGUACAUGUCACUCUGUAUUGUGAAUUUUAAAACUGCAUUUUAUAUUUUUAUAACGUUUGUGCUUUCUUUAAUAAAAAAAAAAACUGAAAA